AUGGCACGUGACAUAGAAAAAAAUCAUGAUUUAAAUAAAAACCUUUUCAUUCAAAUAAAGAUACCUAAUGUACCAAGGCCAUCAUUUAUCUGGAAUUAUUUUGGACAUUUAUACAAAAAACCAAGCGAGCCAUUAGAUCUUGAACGAAUAUAUUGCAAAAUAUGCUUUGACACAAAAAAAGAAGAAUAUCCAGAUUCAAGUUUUUCUUCGAUUCGAAAAAGAAUUGGCACUUAUGGUGCAACAAGUGGUACAGGAAACAUGAAGAAUCAUUUGUUAGCAGUGCAUCAAAUAACAGAAGCUCAAGAAAUAAAAAGAACAAGUAAACAUAUUGUUUCAAUGUUUUCUCGUGAUCGUGGCUCAACAAAGUCUUCACAAUUGAAAGAGCAACUUGGGCAUCAAUUGACUUUAAUGUGUUGCAAAGAUCUUCUUCCAUUUUCAAUCGUUGAAAAUGAAGUUGUUAGUACAAAAAAUGAAAUUCCAUCUCGAACCAUUUUAUCACCGGUGAAUCUUAAUAAAAUAUAUAAUGUAUGUGUUGAAAAAACAAAACAACAAAUAAAAUUAUCAACACAGCAUCCGACAAUAACGUGUGAUUCAUGGUGCGACAGUUUAAAAACGCAACCGUUUGAUGAAGCUCAUACGGGAGAAGCUAUAAAAGAUAUUGUAUCAGAUGUUUUAACUGAAUUUGGUGUAAAUCCAAAUAAUGUUAUUGUAGUUUCGGAUAAAGGUUCGAACAUGCGUAAAGCGUGGAGACUGUUAAAUGUCAUUCAUAUAUUUUGUGUUGCUCAUGGAAUUCACAAUUUGUUAAUGAAGGAUUGUUUUCCUAAUAUGCAUUACGUUUCAGAAAUAUUAGAUAAAGUUCAAUUAAUUAUUAACAAGCUUCGUUAUCGUCAACAUGAGCUCGAAAAUGAAUAUUUUCAAUCGAGUGAAAAAAAAUAUAAUGAUUUGUUUUUGUCCAUUAAUAAAGCUGGUGAAAUUAUAGAUGCAGAUUUAGCUUCAACAUAUAUUGAUGUUGAUGAUUCAGAAGUAUUGAAUGAAAAAUGUCAAAAUAAUAAUCUAGAAGAAUUAAGGUUAUCCGAUGAUUUAGAACUUAGGUGA